AUGCAGUGGGCUGCAGAGGACGUUCAAAGGGAUGCGUCGCAGCAGGAGACCGGUCGCGGAUCUCGGAUCCUUGCAUCGUCCCUCGAAGACAAACCAGUGGGUUUGGCCUCUCCUAUACAGGGCCCACGCCUGAACAAGGAUCUAGAGUGCGAGGACGAGAUCGCUGUCUUGCGCGACCACGACGCCGAGCGCGUCCUAUCCUACGACGCCGAUGACUCGCCUUUCCCGGAGGUCCGAGCGGUCGUUCGGCCCGAAGAUGAUGCUUCUGUGCCAGUGAACACAAUUCGGAUGUGGGUCAUUGGAUUGUUCUUUACGAUAGUUGGCUCCGGAUUGAAUCAAUUCUUCAGUCUCCGCCAGCCAAGUGUGUCGAUUAACUCAUUGGUUGCCCAGUUGCUCGCCUUUCCAGUGGGUUGCGCAUGGGCCCGAUGGAUGCCCGUCGGUAUUCUGAAUCCUGAUCGACACUUUAAUGUGAAAGAGCAUGCCCUCAUCACUAUCAUGGCCAAUGUGUCCUUUGGUUCUGCGGCUGCGACGCAGGUCAUCGAGGCGGCGGUCAAGUUUUAUGACAUGCCCUCCGAUGGUGGAUUUGAAAUCCUUCUCUGUGUGACGACCCAGCUAUUCGGGUUUGGACUGGCGGGACUGGCUGCCCGUUGGCUGGUCACACCGGCCUCGAUGAUCUGGCCUCGAGUGCUCUCCAAUGCGGCCUUACUCACCACGUUGCACUCGCAGGAAAAUGUCCUGGCGGACGGCUGGCGCAUCACCCGCCUUCGCUUUUUUCUAGUCGUAUUCGUGGGCGGUGCCUUGUGGUACUUCGCGCCGGGAUACCUGUUCACCGGUCUCAGCACGUUUAGCUUCAUCUGCUGGAUCGUUCCAUCCAGCGUGGUGGUCAAUCAGUUGUUCGGUCAGGUCACCGGUCUGGGUAUGUCCGUCCUGACCUUCGACUGGGCGCAGAUAGUCUACGCCAAUCAGAGCCCGCUGCUGGUGCCAUUCUGGGCAGGGUUAAAUGUCAUGGGCUCCUUUGCUCUCUUCUACUGGCUGAUUUGUCCCAUUUUGUACUACACCAACACAUGGUAUUCGGCUCAUUUGCCCAUUCUCAACUCCAAUACCUUUGACAAUACGGGCCAUGCGUACAACACAUCCCGAAUCAUGGAUGCGGACGGCUCGGUCAAUCAAAAAGCUUACGAGGCCUACUCGCCGUUGUUCUUGCCCGUUGGGUACGCCAUGACCUUUGGGGUUGCAUUUGCGAAUCUCACAGGGAUUUUCGUUCACAUUGGACUCUACCACGGUCGGGAUCUCUGGCAGCAAUGGAAGGGCACGAAUAAACGUGACGUUCACGCCCGCAUCAUGUCAUCCUAUCAUGGGGUCCCCUGGUGGUGGUUCGGCGCCGUCACCCUGGUGAUGUUUGUGCUGAGUGUGGUAACGAAUGAAGUGUGGCGCACGGAACUUCCCAUCUGGGCUGUGUUUGUGGGAUUUGUUUUGCCCACCAUUUAUUUCAUUCCAGUGGGAGUCAUCAAGGCAUUGACCAAUAUCAGUAGCAAUCAGCUCAAUUUGCUCUCGGAGUUCAUCGGAGGAUAUGCGAUUCGUGGCAAGCCAAUGGCCAAUAUGAUCUUCAAGUUUUACGGCUACGUUGCCAUUCAACAAGGGCUGGAGUUUGUGGCUGACAUGAAGCUCUCGCAUUACAUGCAUAUUUCCCCCCGCACUGUCUUCGCUGCCCAAGGCAUUGCGGCUCUCCUGGGGGCCAUCGUCCAGUGCGGUGUGACUGUAUUCAUGAUAACAACCUUUGACGAGGUUUGCACUCCUGAUGCAGACGGGAACUUUACUUGUCCGCACGGUCGUGUUACGUAUUCAUCGUCGUUGAUCUGGGGUGCGAUUGGGCCGGGUCGACUAUUUUCUCCUGGUCAAAUUUACGGGAAACUCUUAUGGUUCUUUCUUGUCGGGCCUGCGCUGGUGAUCGCCACGUAUCUCUUGGGUCGGCGGUGGACAAGAGUCAAUUACGUGUCUUGGCCAGUUGCCUUGGGUGCCAUGAGCCUGGUUCCUCCUGCGACUGGAGUAAACUUCUCCUCUUGGUGGGCAACCAACGUGAUUUUUAACGGACUGAUCCGUCAUCAUUAUGUCUUGUCCGCUGCACUAGACUGUGGUGUCGCCGUCUCCACGGUCGUCAUCUUUUUUUGCAUCACAUUGCCCGCCGGGCCGCUCAAAUGGUGGGGCAACGUUGUAUACACACUAACUGCUGAUGGCCAAGGCACGCCGUAUAAAAACCUACCUGGUCGAGGCUACUUUGGGCCCGAGCGAGGGACAUGGAGCUGA